AUGGCUAUGAUCGGUCGAACUCGGGACUCGGAGAAGUCAGACAGCGAGAUCCUGGGCAACCAGACAAUCAGCCGCACGACGUGGGAAAAGUAUGGCAUCGAGAACAGAAAGGGCCUCCAUCUCGUCGAGUUCUUGCCAAACGACCCAGAGAACCCGAGAAACUGGUCCGUCAUGAAGAAAGCCAUCGUCAGCUUCCACAUCUGCCUCCUCGUCAUCGCCGUCUACGCAGGCGCAUCAAUCUACACCGUCGGCACUCACGGCGUCCGCCAGCAAUUCGGCGUCUCGGAGGUCGUGGCCCUCUUAGGACUUACAGUCUUUGUCCUAGGCUACGGUCUCGGACCAAACGCAAAGAUGGUCUGGAGCCCCCUCUCCGAAAUUCCUCAAAUCGGCCGCAACCAAAUCUACAUACCCGCCCUCGCAAUCUUCGGCCUCGCCCAGAUCCCCAUCGCCCUCGCCACCUCCAUCGGCAUGCUCCUCGGCUUCCGCUUCCUCGCGGGCUUCUUCGGCUCCCCCGUCCUCGGCUCCGCCGCCGGCAUCCUCGACGACAUGUUCGUCUCCCGCAAACACACCUACGCCAUGGCCUCCUUCUGCCUCAUCGGCAUUUCCGGUCCCACGUUCGGGCCCAUCGUCGGCGGCUUCGCCGUCGAGCUGAAGGGGUGGACCUGGUCCGCCUGGAUCGUCUCUUGGUUGGCCGCCUGGAUUCUGGUCGUGCUCAUCUUCUUCCUGCCGGAGACGAGCGCCGAUAAUAUUUUGUACCGACGGGCCAUGCGUUUGCGGAAAGUCACCGGCGACCCAGGCUUCGUCUGCGAGGCGCAGCUGCGCGCGGAUUACACCGCCGGCACCGAGGUCUUUAAAGCGCACCUCGUCCGGCCCUUCACCCUUGUCCUCACCGAGCCGGCCGUCUUCUUCUUGAACCUCUACAGCGCCUUCGCGUACGGGCUGAUGUACAUCUGGUUCGAGGCCCUGCCGCAAGCCUACGGGGAAGUAUACCACUUUGGCACGGGUAAACAGGGCAUCGCGCUACUAGGUCUCAUCGUCGGCGUCCUCCUCACCAUCCCGCCGUUCUUCCUAUACUACCGCAAACGCAUCGAGCCGCAGUUUGACCGCGAGGGAAACAUCGAGCCGGAGAAGCACCUCCACCCGGCCAUGGUCGGCUGCCUCUUCAUCCCGGCCAGCCUGGUCUGGUUCGGUUGGACGGCGCGGCCCGAGAUAAACUACCUCGUCCCCAUCGUCGGGUCGUCCCUCUUUACGGCGGGUGGGUUGCUGCUGUACAUUUCGAUUCUGAAUUACCUCGCCGAGUCGUACCCGGACCACGUCAAUUCCGUCCUGGCUGGGAAUGAGCUGUUCAACGCCAUGUGCGGGGCGACUUUCCCGCUAUUCAUCCCGCCCAUGUAUUAUCGGUUCGACGUGCUCGGGUCGAGUAUGAUUUUGGCCAUCUUUGCUGUUGCGUUUGUGCCUUUGCCGUAUAUCUUGUACAUGAGGGGAGCCAAGCUUAGAAGACAGAGCAAUUAUGCGAGAAAGGGCAUGUGA